AUGACAUACGGGCACAUGGAGGAGAAAUGUACCCUCAGAGAAAUCCGGCAGUCCAACAUGUAUCAGACGUUUCAGAACUGGGCUAUACAAAACUACGGAGACAAGGGCAAAACAAAGACUGUGACACGAAACAAAUAUCAGAGAAUUGUGAGAAUUCUGAAGGGGGAGGAGGAAUCUACUGCGGAGAAUUCCAAGUUGAGAUUCUGGGUGAAAGCGAAAGGAUUUCAGCUGUCCGCAGAUACAGGGGAGGUAGAAAUUGGGGAACUGAUGAUACCCGCACGACCAGUGGAAUUUGGCCAAUCACGUUCUUCUUUGAAGCGUGUGGCUGUGGUGGAGAACUUUUUCGACAUUAUCUACAAAGUCCACGUGGAAAUGGAUGGAAGGGGAGGCAAACAUGCGGGACAGAAGAGAACCUACAGAGCGAUCUCGGAAACGUUUUCAUUCCUACCCCGUGAAGCAGUCACCCGCUUCCUGAUGUCCUGUACGGACUGUCAGAAACGGAUGCACCUUUCCACCGA